GAAGUUUGUGCAACCAAAAAGGCGCGUCGUUUAGAAACAGUUGUGUGCAUUUGGACGAGUUACUCUUGGACAUGUUGGGGCAUGGACCGUUGCAGUAAUGUACUGUAAGAACAUCGAAACUACUGUUGUUAUACGUAGUUAGCUAGUUGAUAAGUUAUUAUUUUUCAUAUUUCAAGUGUGUUGAGUGAAAGUCGCCAGAAUGUUAAUUCUUAAACUCGUGGUGUCUGUUGGAGGCAGCAUGGUCCCUCAGUGCACCUCCCUCCUUGUGAGGAAUUUGUCACUUGCCUGUCAUUGCCUAAGAUACCCCAAACGAAACAGCCCAUACAGCCUAUCGAACAGUGAGCGCUACUCUUCUCUUUUGAAGUCUGUCAUCUCCUCCAGGGUCAGUUCCCAAACCCCAGAGACCCUCCAAGCGGAGGACGAGCACAUUUAUGGACCUAUCGUCAAAGGACAAACACUCUCCUCAAGAGCAGAGAUGAGAGAACCUAGAACCUUUCAUCCCUUCUUAAACUGUGAAAAGACUCUCGAAACGGAGGAGCCUGAGUCAGGACUUCCAGUCCGGAUUUUGUUUGACAGGGGCCCAGGAAGGACUAUCGUACCGAGUGUGAGCCGCAUACUUCAGCAGACGCUUUCCCCAGAGCAGAUCUUCUACCUGGAGAGAUGGAAGAAGAGGAUGGUCGCAGAGCUUGGAGAGGAUGGCUUCCAAGAAUACACACAGAAUUUAUUUAGACAAGGGAAGAUCUUCCAUUCAGUUUUGGAGGAUGUUCUGAUGUCAGGUGAAACAUGGGAGGAAACACAUCCUCCAGAGACACCAGAGUAUCCACCUGAAGUACAGGGAUACAUGGAGAGCAUAUCUCACAUACUGGAGGAUGUCACUGCAGUGAGAGCUACUGAAAGUACAGUACAACAUGACACCCUGAACUAUCUGGGAAUUGUAGACUGUGUUGCUCACUACAGAGGCGUACUGUGUGUUAUUGACUGGAAGACUUCAGAAAAGCCCAAACCAUUCCUGAGAAACACAUAUGACAACCCUAUUCAAGUGGCAGCCUACGCUGGAGCUUUGAAUAGUGACGACAACUACAAAUACCAGGUUGAAAAUGGGCUCAUUGUCGUGGCCUACAAAGACGGUUCACCUGCCCACGCUCAUCAGCUGAGCUCAGAGCUGAUGCUAGAGUACUGGAAAACUUGGUUGCUACGCCUUGAAGAGUUCACAGAACAGAGACCCAGUCAUGUGUCAAGUGGUUUUUCAGAGAAGAGAUGAGAUGUUUGAAAAGACAUCUGCAAAGGCAUGUCCACUGAGCAGGUUUU